AUGGCGUCGUCUCUUCGUCCAGCGUCGCGGUUGGUCGCCAGACCAUUAACAGCUUCUGCGGUAUCGCGGCAACUCGAACGAUCGCCUUUCUUGCGCGCCACAGCUCAAUUCCACACCUCAAAGCCUCGGAAUGCCCUGCCGGCAGGUCCUCCUCCACAGGGGUUCCGCUUACCUCGACCGAAACGCUUCGACGAGCACGAGAACGUGAUGGACAAAGCAAGCAACUAUUUUCUUCUUACUGAAAUGUUCCGCGGCAUGUAUGUCGUGCUGGAGCAAUUCUUCAGAGCACCGUAUACAAUCUACUAUCCCUUCGAAAAAGGCCCCGUUUCCCCACGAUUCCGAGGCGAGCACGCCCUGAGGAGAUAUCCUUCGGGCGAAGAGCGAUGUAUCGCUUGCAAGCUCUGUGAAGCUAUUUGCCCAGCUCUUGCCAUCACAAUCGAGGCCGAAGAACGAGAAGACGGAUCGAGGAGGACCACUCGCUACGAUAUCGAUAUGACCAAGUGCAUUUAUUGCGGCCUUUGCCAGGAGAGCUGCCCGGUGGAUGCCAUUGUCGAGACGCCAAAUGCAGAAUAUGCGACGGAGUAUCGCGAAGAGCUCUUGUAUAACAAGGAGAAGUUAUUAUCCAACGGUGACAAGUGGGAGCCUGAGCUGGCCGCGAUCGCAAGGGCAGAUGCUCCAUACCGGUGA